AUGUUUUGGAGCGGGAACACGAAGGAGGAGCAGCUUUCAAAGUUGAGUAUCGGGCUUACAAGUAUGAUGUCGAUGACCAUAUUCGUGCAAAUGCUUUCAGAUGAGAUUCCAAGGAAUUCGACAUUUCCGCUUUUAGGCUGGUUCGUGAUCAUCGACGUCAUCUUGGUGUCAAUAGCAUGGUCGUACGCUAAUUUCCUCGCCAAUACCCAAUUACUCUACCAAGAAUUAUUUGACACCCGGAACUACCGUCGAGAUUUGUCGCCAAUAUAUUCUGGAUCUGGUCGAGACCAGGAGAUUCCACCAUUUUCUCUGCUCGUCACGCUGCAGUAUAUUCAACUUUUGGGAAUUGACGCUCAGUCGCAAAUGGCCAGCAUCAGUAUGGAGGUUGGAUAUCAAUACAUCGAUCCCCGCCUAAUCUGGAACUCAACAAAAUUCGGAGGUGUCGAGUCAAUAAACGUUGAAUGGACCAAGAUAUGGGUGCCGGCGAACGGGAUUAGUAAUGCCCAAACGUUAGAAAUCAUCUACCCCGAUCAAUUUACUACGGCGACGAUUGCUUCAAACGGGACGAUCAGCUUGAGUCUACAGAUCUAUGCAGAGACCAGAUGCGUGAUGGACGUCCGAACCUUCCCUUUCGACGAACAAAUCUGCACCAUCGACUUUUUUAACAACGCCUACGACACCGACGCCUUCGCCCUGAUGGCCAGCAAAUUUACGAAAUACACCCAAGGAAUUAUCUACGUCCAAUACAACCUCGAUAUCCAGCGAGAGCCGACUUUUUACGUAUUUGUCAUUGCCAUUCCGUGUUUCCUAUUGACACUGCUCUCGAUAUGGGGAAUGUUUUGGACUCCAAAUACUGACGAGGAACAAUUGUCAAAGUUGAGUAUCGGCUUAACAAGUAUGAUGUCGAUGACGAUAUUUGUGGAAAUGUUGUCGAAUGCAAUUCCGAGGAAUGCCUCUUUUCCGUUGUUCGGCUGGCUUGUCAUAAUUGAUGUUUUUCUCGUCUCAAUAGCCUGUGUCGUUUUGGUGACAUUACCAUACGAUGAAACGAAAAUCUCGAAAAAGGGAGCUGAAGCUCGUAUACCUGAAAGCUACUCACAAAAUUCCUCCUCUACCAUCAACUGGGAUGACCUUGGCGUAGACCCGGAUUACGCUCGAUUCCUGCAGAAAAACCAGGAAUUGUACGAUGAGCUGUUCAUUACCCGAAACUACCGUAGCGACUUGUCGCCGAUUUUUAAUCAGGCGACAAAGAAUAAUUCGAUACCACGAUUCAACGUGAUGAUAUCGCUUGAGUUUAUACAGCUCUUGGGAGUGACCCUUCAAGUUGUAUACCCGGAUCCAUUAAAUACUGCGAAUAUCUAUGCAAACGGGUCGGUGGCAGUGAGUUUUCAAAUCUACGCGGAGACGAGAUGCGUGAUGGACGUAAAAAACUUCCCAUUUGACGAACAAUCCUGUACUAUCGACAUCUUCAACAACGCUUAUACUUUGGAUAUGGUCCAGGAGACUGGAGCCCUUUUUACAAAAUAUGUUGACGGCAUCAUAUUCGACAAUGGCGAGUGGAAAUUCAAGAAUGUCUCAAUGGAGUAUUUCGACUUCAGCGGGACCGGACGGGACAAAUAUGAUUUUCUCCAAUUCGUGCUCAACAUCAAGCGGGAGCCUAACUUCUACGUAUUUGUGAUUGUCAUUCCGUGUUUCCUAUUGACACUUCUAUCGAUCUGGGGUAUGUUUUGGACGCUCAACAACAGGGAGGAGCAGCUUUCAAAGUUGAGCAUCGGGCUGACAAGUAUGAUGUCGAUGACAAUAUUUGUGCAGAUGCUAUCGGAGGAGAUACCAAGAAAUUCGUCGUUUCCGCUUCUAGGCUGGUUCGUGAUCAUCGACGUGGGCCUUGUAUCGCUAGCGUGCGUCAUCCUGGUCACUCUACCAUUCGAAAAAGCGAAAAACGUGAAGAAGGAGGUAGAUGGGCUAGAGGGGAUCAGAAAAUGGAGCCCCUUCCUGCGAAACUGGCUGAUCUCCCGUCAUUUCUUCAUCUUCUUCACCUUCCAAAUGGCAAAUGUUACGAAUUUUAUCGUGUUUAUGUCGCAUUGGAAC